GUGACAGCUUCACAGUAGCAGUGAACGCUGCGCUGGAGAGGAGGGGUGACGGGGAGCUGUCUACUGUACACUACCGUAAUGAGAUUAUUCAACUCCUAAAGCUUCUUCUAAAUAGUACUAGUUGCGCUGUUUCUCGCACGCCGCAGCGCAUGUGCUCGCGUCUGCUCACCCGUUCUGCUCGACUGUGUUUAAUGACAUUAUUUUUGGAAAGGAACUGCUUUUUGGAACCUCUCUCGCCCUUUGCGCACAUGACUUUUCUGAAGCAACAGAGGUGGACGGAGGUUGCAUUUGUUGUCGUUUAGUACUUCUAAGGGCUGAACUUUUUUUUCAACGUGCUUGAGCAAAACAGACCCCUAGAGCCAUGGAGAACCACACCGACUCGCAGAGCAGCACAGAAGACGUCCGUAAAAGCGGGUAUCUCCGCAAGCAGAAAUCCAUGCACCGGCGGUACUUCGUGCUACGGACGGCUUCGGAGCGCGGCCCGGCCCGACUCGAGUACUACGAGAGUGAGAAGAAAUUUAGAGGUAAAGCGCCAGUGCCUAAAAAGGCUUUGGUGCUGGAGACGUGCUUCAACAUCAACAAACGGGCCGACUCGAAGAAUAAACACAUGAUAGUGCUCUACACGCGGGCUGAGAGUUUCGUGGUGGCGGCGGAGAACGAGACGGACCAGGAAGAAUGGCACCAGGCGAUGGUGGAACUUCAAUGCAAGAGUAAAGCACUCUGUGACAGUGUGAAUGGGGGAGAUUAUGGAGUACCAUCCCCUGGUCCCGCCUUCAAGGAAGUCUGGCAAGUAAAAGUUUGGCCUAAAGGUCUGGGCCAAGCCAAGAACCUUGUUGGCAUCUACCGGCUCUGCCUGACUGAAAAGACAGUCAACUUUGUCAAGCUGAACUCCGAUGCAGCCGCUGUCGUGCUCCAGCUUAUGAAUGUGAGGCGUUGUGGUCAUUCUGAAAACUUCUUCUUCGUGGAGGUAGGUCGCUCUGCAGUAACUGGCCCUGGAGAGUUCUGGAUGCAAGUGGAAGAUUCUGUGGUAGCACAGAAUAUGCAUGAGACUCUGCUGGAAGCCAUGAAGGCCCUGAGUGAGGAGUUUCGCCAACGUAGCAAGUCUCAGUCAGCUGCCGCUGGAGCAGGAGGUGGCACCACUGCAUCAAAUCCUAUUAGUGUUCCCUCUCGACGACAUCACCCCAAUCCUCCACCCAGUCAGGUUGGAUUCACAAGACGCCCACGGACCGAACCACCAGGGACUACUGGAGGCUGUAAUAGCACUUCUCCAACCUCUCGCCACAGCUUUGCCCGAACACGAACGUCCAGUGAUGGUGGAAAAGUUGAUGAUGGAGGUGGUGCAACAACUGGAGGGAGUGCAUCAUGCUCAAGUCCCACGACUAAUGGGUCAUGUUCCAAUAACCCAAUACUGAGAUCAACAUCUGUUCGUGCUCCAACCCAAGUCAAAGCACAGCAUGAGCUAAUGAGAUCCACCUCAACCCCUGCUCCUUCAGCUGCACCAAGCCUGCCUUCUGGCUCAGUACAUGGAUCUGAGUUUUGUGCAGUAGGAACCGGGACAAGCAGCAGUGGUGUGGGUGGUAAUGGUAACAUGUACAGUCGAAUACCUCUCCGACAGACCUCUGUCUCUGGUUCUCUUAGCGACUACGGUUCCUCAGAUGAAUACGGCUCCAGCCCUGGAGAGCACUCUAUGCUAACCCCAACAAUGCAGGCAGGGUCUGCCGGCAGCUCAGGUGGGCAUUCUGUUGGGGAUGAAGCAUCCAACUACAUCCUAAUGAGUCAGAGAGGAGCAUCCAAACCUCAGCCAGGCCAAAAUGCAUUGCCACAAACAAGGAGAGUUCUGAGGCGCUCCUCUAGCAGAGAAUGUGAAGCGGAGCGCAAGAUAAUGAGCAAGCGGGCUUCUCUGCCACCCAUGGCUUUGGAGAGACUUGCACCACACCGUCGAGCUGGGGAGGAAGCUGUUGAAGAGGACGACUAUGCAAUUAUGACUCACACCACCAGCCGAGAAUCCUUUGGAUCAAGGCAGGAUUCUGGAGCGUCAGCAAGCACAACAGGAUACUUGGAGGUAGCUGUAGAGCUUAAAAGUGAUGCUGGUGGUGGUGAAACGGGUGUCCCUGAUGUCAUCGGAGGAGCUAAUGGAGCAGUGGAUAAUGGCUACAUGUCCAUGUUACCAGGAGUUACAGCUCCCCCAGUAUCCCUUUCUCAUUCCCUCUCAGUAACAGUUUCAGAUCCAGACUCAAAGUCUGCUGAUGACUACAUGGCCAUGACCCCCAAUAAUAGCAUUUCACCCCCACGGCAGAUCCGUCCACCACCUUCUGGCACAGAUGGCUACAUGAUGAUGUCUCCUAACAGUAGCUGUUCACCAGACCAACGAGGGGUCCCUACUGCCUGGGUCGGCAGCAGCAGUGCUGACAGCCGAACUGGCAGCGACUACAUGAAUAUGUCACCUAUCAGCGCCCGCUCUGCCAAUAGUACCCCGCCACCAGCUGAGCCCCACACUCCAUCUGACCAGCAUUCUCAGCAGCCUCCACCUAAGAUGGUAUAUUCUUACUUUUCUCUACCCCGCUCCUACAAACACAAUAGUUCAACACGCUUUGAGGAAGGGCCAGGAAGAGGGAAGCAUUUGGUUAAUGGUGGUAGAGGUCUGGGUGGUGGUAGGGGGCUUAUUAAUAGCAAGGCUAAGCAUCAGGAACCCCCUGUUGGCCGACAUCUGUCCCUUUCAUCGUCCUCAUACUCCUCCAGUUCUGCUAGCAGUGAGAGCCUUGGUGAAGGUGAAGAAAAGGCCGUCAAAGUGGCAGGAGGAGCAGCAGCAAGUACUCCUGCAAAAGAUGCUGAGCAAGGACCCUUGCAGCAAAGGCAAGGGUCUGGAAGGGUAAAGCAAGGACAUCCUGGUCAGAGGGUCAGGCCUCUUAGCCUGUUUGUGGAUGUCUCUAAAGCCAACACUUUACCCAGAGUCCGUGAGACACCCCUUCCUCCUGAGCCUAAGAGCCCUGGGGAGUAUGUCAGUAUUGAGUUCAAGGGUGAGAGGAACCUGAAAGCAGGAGGUAAUGGAACCAGAGGAUUUCGGCACGAUGCUUCUCUUCCACCCAGUACCCACCGCAACUUACCCAGGCCUACCUCUUGUGUCGCUGGGUUCUUGCCUUUCUCGCAUAGCUCCUCCAGCCCCACCCCUCCAUCAACUGCCUCUGAGUAUGUCAAUAUGGAGCUAGGAGUUUCCCCGUCCCCCUCGCCUAUCUCCCUCACAUCACUUGGAUUUCCCCCAUUCCCCACUCCUCCUGUCACGCCUGCAGCAGCCCCUAAAGCUCAUGAUGAGCACAGAUCUGCAGUUCUAAAUGAUGAUGAUGCAGAGAGUGAGAUGGGACAUAGAAAAAGCAGGCAGGUAUCAGAGCCACAGCCAGGAGACUCACCCACAGCAUGUGGAGACUACACAAAGAUGGCCUUUAGCCUGAACUCAGGCAGCACCUUAAGUUCUACAUCACUAAAAGCCUCUUUGCCAGACCAGCCUGAGUCAGUAGUUCCAGCCCUGGGUUUGGGACUAGGACUAGACUUUCCACUUGCCAAAGUCCCAAAUCCAGAUCACGGGGCUAAAGUAAUUCGAGCGGAUCCUCAAGGUCGUCGACGCCACUGCUCUGAAACGUUCCAAGCUCCUUCCUCACUUCUUUCUUGCUCUGCAACAUCUUCUUCUGCAUUCCCUGAUCACACCCAAGUGGCCCGUCGACUUGGUUUUGAGGGUACGCUUUGGGGGAACAGUGGCUCAGCGGACAUCUCAUCUCAGUACAUCAACUCUGGACUACCCAGUCUAUCUGUUUCACAGACAUCCUCCAUGGAACAGGGCCUCAAUUACAUAGACUUGGACCUGGCUAACAAGGAAAGCUCCCACACUGCCACAGAUGGGCAAGCAGCUGUCCACACACCUGUCGCUCAUAUCUUUUCCUCUGUGCUGGGUGGGGGAGCAGCAGGAGGUUCUGUAGGAACUGGAGGCUCAGGCGGUAGUGCUUCAAACCUCAACAUGUACGCUAGCAUUGACUUCUAUAAGUCAGAGGAGCUGCGGACACACCAAGGUAGCAGCAGCAGCAAAGAAGGUACAGCGCUCCAGUCCGAAUGUGACCGUCUCACACACAGAAGCUGCUGUUUUCUCAGAACUCUGGCUGUUUGCACAGUGUGUAACUGUUCAGAGUGUCAACCUGUCAAAGGGAUAGAUCAGCAAAAAAAUCUGGAUAGCACCCUCAUGCCCCUCCAAAUCAGCUGUUGUUUUUUAGUGGUGCACAAACUAGACAUUUCUGGGGGAACCGCAGCUCUUGCAAGACAUUGACAGUUCGUUGUGAUUGGGGUGCUUCAAAAAGGGAAUGUUGAUGCCGCAGCAAUAUGGAAUUCUGGGAAACAGAACGCCGGCGCUCUCCCGUGCGCCUGAAUGCAGAGCAGAAACACAGAGUAAGAUGUGUGCACAAAGCCCAACAAUCUUCGCAAGCACUUUCCAAAGACAUCUGCAGUGACUGGCUGCUGCAGCCAACGGGAACAUGUGCCAAACGAGAAGAGCAACAACUGCCUGUGCUCUCCGGACUCUCAACAGACAAGCACAAUAACCAAUCAGAGAGGAGAAUGAAGACAGUGGAGCCAAUGACAAUGACCUUUGACCUUCAACAGAAGCUUGAACAGUUUGUGUCCAGUAUUCACAAAAAGGAUUGAAUGAUUCACAAUUGUUGAACAUAUUAUGAGUACACAAAAAGUGCCUCUUGUUUUUGAUUGUCGCUUUCUGAAUAUAGACUUUCAAUUGUUCAGGCACUGAUUGACGUGCUUGUUCUUUAAUUUGAUGUAAAAACAGACUGGAAAAGAGAGUCUUUGAAAGCGUUGCGGCAAGAUGUCAACAACGCUGAUGGUACUGCUUCUGGAGAAAAUGAUGAAGAUGAAGUAAUUAUGACUCUCACAUGGUGUUCCUCAUGGUGUUUAGCUAACCUAGCAUCACACAUGUGUUGACUGACGAGUUCAUCGUCCUCCGUGUUCCUUUCUCCACCCCUUCGCCCCAUGCGUGACAUGUUCUAGCCAUGCAUUAGUACUUAAGUGCCUGUCUCUUUUCUGUCUCUCUUUCUUCUGCUCUCUUCACAGUAGUGUCCUGAAAGGAACCAGUAACAGACGUUUGGCUCAGUGACACUAAGCAUCUAUUUUUACUCUAUGGGUGGGGUGCUUCUGUGAUGGUGUCCUGCGGUAGCUUACCUCCACUGGCACGCAAGCAUGCUAGCUGACCCAGUCCACACUGGACUAUACCAAUGAUAGUCCAGAAUGGGGGAGUGUAAAGGAAAUAAUGUGGGAAUCAACCCCCACACACUGUAUCACAGUGACACCCAUUGCUGGCCAACAGUAGUAAAAUAAAAACAGGGGUGUUAAAAACA